AUGUAUGAAAUCCACGCGUCAUGGAUUUCGGCGUAUUAUAAGGACACACCGAUGUCUGGUCUUAUGAAAACGACAUCAAGAUCCGAGAGUUCGAAUUCAUAUAUUAACAUAUACGAAUCAUACUGGUUUGAUUUGGUUCAGUUCCUUAACAAUUAUGACGUUGCUAUAGAAAAACAAAGGUAUAAGCAAGCUGUGCAUGAAACAAUAACGAAGACAACAUAUCCAAAGUUGUUUACUCCAUUGCGCUUAGAAAGUCAAGCCGCAAGGGUAUACAUUCGAAAUGUGUUCUUUGACAUCCAAAAUGAAUUAAAGAAGGCUGUAUGGUUUUGUGGUAUAGAGACUGUCGAAUGUCGGGGUGAUCUCAAAACGUUCAUUAUAAGCCACAAUAACAAGAAAUUGUUUGUCAACACCACGUAUCUGGUCUCCCGAAACUACCCAACCAACAUGGUCGAAUACGAGUGCAAUCUAUUCACGCGUAACGGGUAUCUGUGUCGUCAUGCAUUUAAGGUUCUAAUAAACGACGAAGUUGAAAGUAUUCCGAACCAAUACAUUUUACGUCGAUGGAAACAAAAUUUGGUCCCUGUCCAGAUACAAUCCGCUAGGGUUCGAUAUGGUGAGGUGGAUGCGGAGAAGGAUAAGUCCAUAAUUGAUGUAUACUCCAAAGUCGACGACAUUAUAAGCAUCGCCCGGAAUGAUAAAUCGAUACCGACUAGAUUGGAGCAGAAUCUCGACAAUUUCAUGGUUGAUAUCGAGAAAGAGGUACCAUAUGAAGACCCAUCCCAACAAAAGUUGAACACGAUCAGAGAUCACCUUGGUGUUUCCAUACCGGAUGACGUGGACAUUAUACCACCAUCUGGAAUAAGGAACAAGGGUUGUGGUACUGGUAAGAGGUUGGCGAGGUGCAUUGUCACGAUAACGCAGUAUAAAUUUGUUGAUAUCAAACCGGUGCAAAAUUAA